UCAUUUGCAUUUUAAACGACACACCCAAAAAUUGCACAUUUUUGCUCAGUCCUACAAAGUGGCAAUUUUAACAUGAUAUAAUAAAUUAUAUGUGGGGUAUUUUGAGCUAAAACUUCACGUACGCACUCUGGGGACACCAAAGACUUAUUUUACAUCUUCAAAGAAAUCUCAUUAUAUGACCCCUUUAAAUGAUUUUACAGGUCACAUUACAGAGCCAUUUCAAAAGAGCAGAGGAGAAAUUAAUGCAAGGAGAGCAGAUGCUUCAAGAAUAUCAGAUUGUCAAAGCAUCAUAGUAAGUUCAAACUACUUUGCAGGACUCCUCUAUGAGUGAUGUGUUACAGAUGGGCUCAGCCCUGCAGGCACAGGUGUGCAGAUUGGUGUCAGCUGUGACAAACACCGAGCAGGAGAGACAGCUGGUAUUAGAGAGACUGCAAGAAGAUUGCAACAGGAUGAGAGAAGACCUCAACCAGACUGAAAACAUUCAACGCCUCCUAGGCUCGCUCCUUGAGGAGAGCGACCCCUUCUUGUUAAUCUGGAUAUGCGUUCCAGUCAAACGAUUCACAUUUUACUGUUGUUUUCUCUCUGUCAUGCCUUUCAGGAUGAUGGCAGAACUCAGUUCACCAGUGUUUACACCAGCUCAGCCAAACAUGAAUAAGAAACGCAUGAUCGAGAAUGUGGAAUAUAAAUACAGAGAGUUUAUAGCUGAGACUCUGCGCUGCCUCAUUGAACUCAAGAGAGACCUCUGUGGCUAUUCUCAUUCAUACAAUUAUCACAUAAAUAAACAUGUGAGCCUUUGUGAUUUAUUACAUAAAACCAUCCAUCAUUUGAAACCAUACAAUGUAUUUUGGCUAUUGCUACAAAUACCCAUGCUAACUUAUGACUGGUGUUGUGGUCCAGGGUCACAUAUUGAAAUGUACUUUACAUGCUUUGACAUGUUUACUAAAUCAUCCUUACCCAUACUGCAAAAAAAAAUUCUCUGGCCAAAAAUGUGUUUUGGAAAGGGACCAACUGUAAAAGACUCAGAAACAGAUUUGAGAAAGGGGACGAGAAUCGCUUUUGUUGCAGCUGAAGUCGAGACGAUUACAAAGACCAAAGGGGAAGUUGACAGUUGUGCUGUGAGCGAGCAAAAGGUAGAACAAGGAAGCACUGAGCCAGUACCCUCAGCCCCACCCAUGGCUCCUCCUCAAGUGAAGUCACUAUACCCCUCACUGCACACACCUCCUCCUUAUGAGGAAAAGUCUGUUUCGAUCUCAAAGCAACAGCCGAUGUUAACAGUAAACAGUGGUGAACUAGAUGUUGAAUUUGAUGAAAUAAAGGCCCUGAAAAGAAAAAUGGAAAGAUUAGAACAAACAAUUAUGACACAGGGAGAGAUAAUCACAACUCUAUUAAGAUUACAGAGAAAUGUAAAUGAUAACAACAUGGGAAAGAGAUCUUGUGUAUUACACAGACAGGGCCAUAAACAAAUCACACAAACAGAACUUGUAGAGGUAGAUAAGCUUAAGAAUGAGCUGUUAAAGCUACAGCUAGAACAGGCCAAGCAAGCUAACACAAAAAAGAAACAAAUGCCCCAGCAGGCCCAACCAACACCAGUAGCUAUGACAACUAGUGUCUCGGAUAACGUACAAUAUCCCAAUCAGCCCAUAGAUCCAUAUAAAGGCCCACCCUAUACAGGAAACCCGUGGGAGGGAUAUAACCAACAGAGAAGGGGAGGACCAAGGAGGAGUAGUAGACCAAAACGGGGAGGUUUUGGAGGUUUUGGCAGGAAUACAUGUUAUGUGUGUGGACAGGAAGGACAUUGGAGACGGCAUUGUCCCAACACUUGGUCACAGCCCCAAAAUUCUGGUGCUAGACCACUUAACGGAUCACCUGCGGGGGGAUGGGGUCCCCGAGGAGGUGGUGCCGGGCGUGGAGCCGAUGGCUAUGGCAGGGGGCCACCGAGAUCGCACAACCCAUCACAACCAGAUUUAAUGGCGCCUAUGCACCCAACAUGGGGCCAAAGGGAAUCCCUGUGUAACAGGCUGAUAGUGUCAGCAAUAGAGAAAAAAGAGAAUAAUCCGCCCCCAUAUAGCAUGCCCCUAUUAGGCCUACAGAACCUGGAUGAGGAGGACGAAGAGAAUGUUCCAACACUUACGAGAGUCAAACACCGUUUGUCUGUCCCCGAGCAUCUUGACCGUUUCGACCAUUGGUCUCAGGUGGUCUCGUGUCAAAGAUUUUCUUCAGGAACUCAUUACUGGGAGCUGAAGGGUUUCUGAGAUAUAGCUGUGACUCACUGGAAGGAGGGGACAGCAUUUGGCUGCAACAAGGUACAAUGGAGUCUUGCACAGCAACAUGAUCGUAAACUGGCAGCUUGGCAUAACCGUAAGAAAAUCUGCCUCUCCACAAAAAUGUCUCGCAAGCGCCUGCCGGUAUCGGUGGACUAUGAUUCAGGCUCUAUCACUUUCUCCGAGGUGGGACCAUCAUGCCUGCUCCCCCAGCACAGGUUCAGUACCACCUUUGCCCAACCCAUCCGCCUGGGCUUUGGCCUCUGCAAACCAGAACCAGUCUUCAGAAAAUAUGACUGCACUUAUUCGUUGGUAGAGACAGGAAAUGACUUUGCUAUUGAAAUUUAUUUUAGUGAACAUCCACAGAGACAGAAAGCAGAGGUGGACAGUAGUGAAGUAUGUUUUCCUCUGACAAAAAGUGAUUUGUCACUGGGCUUAACAUAAUCAUGUGUGCAGGUGUCAUCUAAUACAUAUUCUCAUGCGAGACAAACAGAGCUGACAGCUUUUGUAACCAUGUAACACCUUUUCAAAUACACAAGCAUUCAUCCAUUAUUGUGCAGUUUUUGCUGUUUUAAUUGUGAACAUUUUUAUAUUUGUUUUUCUUUUGACUGUCUUUUUUCAAUUUAAGCAAUGUCUGAAUUAAGUUUUCCAUGUCACAAAGUCAUUUUAGCUACUAGUAUGCUGUAUACCUGUUAUUAUCUUAGCUUACAUAUGACCCUGUCUGUGAAAUCCAGGUUAAAACCCUUAGUGUUCCUGAAAAAGGCUAAACAACAGCCUAAAAUGGAUACUUAUUGUACUUGUUGUGUCGAUUGUAUCUUAAAAGGGUUUAUAUCAUUCAAAUCACAAAAAUCUCAGCUUUUAAAAAUAUGUGACAUGUUUAGCUUUUUGUUUUUGAGUUGUUGUAUUUGAAGUUUUCUGUCAAAUAAUGCAGUGUUCCUCUCAUGGUACAUUAGAACUUUAAGGGGUUAAAGUUAAUAAUCUAUAAUGAGACGAGGAGCAUCUCAGUCAUUCAUUUUACAUUGAUUUGAAUCUUUGACACUUAGUCAAUAUUAAAGACAUCAAUGUUAUAUUUUUUUAAAAUGUUCAUUAUGUAGGAUGAUUUUAUGUAGAAAACAAUAAAUCACAAAAAAACUUUAACUUGGUUUUCACAGACAGGUUCAUGUGUGAUUAUUAAAGGCGGGGUGCAUGAUCUCUGAAAGCCAAUGUUGAUAUUUGAAUUUACCUAAACAAACACACCCCUACCCCAAUAAAAUCUGGACCUUCUUUUGAUAGACCCGCCCCACACAUACGCAACCCUAGACACUCAUCUUACUGCCAAUUGGCUACAAGUGUGUUUUGGUACUCGACCUGACUUCCUUUUCCAAAGUGUUUUUUAAAAAUCAUGCACCCCGCCUUUAACAGGCCUAUACUUCAUUUAAAGGUCCACUGUGUAGAUUUUUACCGGCAUCUAGUGUUGAAAUUGUGAAUUGCAACAAACAUGUCAGUCCACAGCUCACCCCUCCCUUUCGAAGUGCAUAGAGAAGCUAUAGUAGCCACAAUAGGACAAACACGUCAUCGUCUGAGACAACAUAGUAGGCUGUUUCUCAAUCCGAAGGCUGCACCCUGCGGAGGUCGCCAAGGACAAAACACGCUAUAUAGACGGGCUGUUUCUCAAUGUCAAGGAAUGAUCCUCGGAAGCCAGAAUUUUGAGGAUGCUACGUCAUCGACAUCCGUCGAAGGACUGUUCCAAUGUCGAGGAUCCUCAGAAUUGCAACCAAGGACUGAGUCCUUCGUUCAA